UCUUGUUUAAAUUUUGAGCGGGGAAGAGAAAAGGCGCGCGCCUCGCGUCGUCUCCACACUGUCGCGUGAGAAGAGCUGACGGUUUGCGAAAUGUCUAAAAGGAAGAGGCAACAAUCUGCAGGCGGUAAGCGAAAAGGAACGACAAAGAAAAAGAAAGUAACACAGGAGAAGGCUUUGGGGACUGUGAACGAGGAGAGCGCCGCCUGUGGUCAGCAAGCGGAACUGCACUGUGAGGAUGACCCCGCUGCCCCGAGCAGCGCAGAGGAGAGAGGAGUCGCAGGGAGCAGGUCAGAGAGUGAGGGGGGAGACGGCGCUCACAAACUCAGCCCUGGAGUGAAGGACUGCUUCCUACCGUUAGCCCAGGAUAUCCUCCCGGGCCGCUCCUCCACUGCGGGCUUAUCCUGCGAUGAUGAUGAGGAUGAUGAUGAUGAUGAUGUCGCCCAGCCCAGCGCGCCGGAGGAUACCACUUCGGACCAGCACAGGGGGGCAGGGGAAGGGCCGGGGCAGGGAGACGCCACCCUCCACAGUCACGGGGGAGCGCAAGGGCCGAACCACAAAGCCAGCACUUCGGGAGAGCAGAGACAGGAGGCAGAUCCAGAGAGGCAGCAGCCCACUGUAACGGAGCAAGGGGGGGCAGGAGAGGGGGGGCAGGAGCACCUACCCCAUCCCGAGGGGUGCGGGACCCCUGGAUUAAAAGCCUCUCUGGGGUUGGAGGGUACAGAAACGCAGGGUGGUGGUGUUGCUGGUAGUCCACAGGGAGAGCUAGCCUGUUUAUUAGGGAGCACGGAGGCUGUGUUUACAGAGGGGGGGAAGCAGUCCGAGUCAGCCAAGCCGAAACACGUUGAGACUUACCCCGAGACACAGGCUGAAACAUCGGCCGAGCUGCAGGGAAAGGGGGUGGCGGAGCCUUGCAUCGAAGCUGGGGCUCAGCCUGCACCCCCACAUUCCCACUGCGGAACCCCCGGAGAGCCCCCUGCCCUACCAGCAGCAGCAGCAGCCUCCGUUCCUGAGAGAGAAGAAUCUAUGAGGCUCUGCAAAGGGGUGAUCACCAGGCAGGGGCGAGGAGUCGCGAUGGAGAAGGGCUCGCAAGUUUUCCCGAAUCCGGGAUCCGGAACAACACCGCUGCCUCGUGCCUCUGCCGCCUCCUGGUCCCCUCGGAGCUGCGCGGGGCGAUCCCAGAUCCGACUCGGGAAUGAGAACGCGGAAUCGGCAGCAGGCAAGAAAAUCCAAGACAGUGAGGAGGCGGGCCCUGAAAUGAACGAGAAGGAUUUCAUGAGAAACACCCAACAAAGCCAUUCACAGAGCAGAACCGAGACGGAAGAGUUAAAAGCAUCGCAGAGCUUCGGAGAUGGAGAGGGAAGCGACUGGGGACAAAUAAAGCUUUCAGAGAACAACAAACUAUCAACGUCAUCAUCCAGUGCAGCAGCAGCAGCAGAAUCCAAACCAGCAGCCGUGUACGUGAACCCGUGCGUGCUGGAGGAGAGGGACUGGGAAUCCCGCUUCGCAGUGCUGGAGAUGGAAGACUCGAGCGACGCGGGGGCCGGGCAGCGCAAGGCUAAGGGGGCGGCGCGGUCAAGGCGGUGCAAGCCUGCCACCAGUGCUGCUGCUGCUGCUGCUGCUGGGAAGAGGGAGGUGAGGACCGCGCUAGUGUGCGCUGAGACAGCCUGCCCUGAUCUGACUCACACCGAGGCGGAGGGAAGUCUCCAGGGAGCAGCUGGGGCAGGCGGACAGAAAGACCCUGCCUCGGCCGCCCAGGAUCGAGAGGAGGGGGGACCCCACCCCAUUACCCCAGCUGCUGCCCGGGGGAGCCCCGAGUCUGAGAGAGAGGACGUGGGGGCCACACAGAGCUGCAAGGAUCACAGCGAGUGGGACUCUGAGUUUCUGCACAACUGCUCCACGCAGCGCUUCCCUGACUCCUGCUCUCUCCCGGCUCCGCUCCCCGUCCUUGGGACAGAGUCCGGUGGUUCUGCCCUGGAGCUGCCUCUCUCCAUCGGCUCCAUCUCGGACUCGCAGCUCCACGAGAUCACACUGGGGGAGGCGAUGCCCGAGCCCCAGUCCCAGUCUCUGCAGGACUACGAGGACGCCAGCGAGCUGGUGUGCGGACUCAUAGAGGAGCUCUCGCAGAUCAACCGGCUCAUCAUGCUGACUCAUCAGGAGCUGCAGUCUGGAAGGAACCCCCGCAGGGCCAGGCUGGGCUGGAGGGGAGCUGCUCGCUACACCGCCAACCCCAAGGACCUGUAACCCCGCUGGGAGACACACCGCCAACCCCAAGGACCUGUAACCCCGCUGGAGACGCACCGCCAACCCCAAGGACCUGUAACCUCGCUGGGAGACACACCGCCAACCCCAAGGACCUGUAACCCCGCUGGAGACACACCGCCAACCCCAGGGACCUGUAACCCCGCUGGAGACACACCGCCAACCCCAAGGACCUGUAACCCCGCUGGGAGAUGCACCGCCAACCCCAGGGACCUGUAACCCCGCUGGAGACACACCUCCAACCCCAAGGACCUGUAACCCCGCUGGAGACACACUGCCAACCCCAAGGACCUGUAACCCCACUGGAGACGCACCGCCAACCCCAAGGACAUGUAACCUCGCUGGGAGACACACCGCCAACCCCAAGGACCUGUAACCCCGCUGGAGACACAACGCCAACCCCAAGGACCUGUAACCCCACUGGAGACGCACCGCCAACCCCAAGGACAUGUAACCUCGCUGGGAGACACACCGCCAACCCCAGGGACCUGUAACCCCGCUGGAGACGCACCGCCAACCCCAAGGACCUGUAACCCCGCUGGAGACACACCGCCAACCCCAGGGACCUGUAACCCCGCUGGAGACACACCGCCAACCCCAAGGACCUGUAACCCCACUGGAGACGCACCGCCAACCCCAAGGACAUGUAACCUCGCUGGGAGACACACCGCCAACCCCAAGGACCUGUAACCCCACUGGAGACGCACCGCCAACCCCAAGGACCUGUAACCCCGCUGGGAGAUGCACCGCCAACCCCAGGGACCUGUAACCCCGCUGGAGACACACCGCCCACCCCAAGGACCUGUAACCCCGCUGGAGACACACCGCCCAACCCCAAGGACCUGUAACCCCACUGGGGACACACCGCCAACCCCAAGGACCUGUAACCCCGCUGGAGACACACCGCCCACCCCAAGGACCUGUAACCCCGCUGGAGACACACCGCCAACCCCAAGGACCUGUAACCCCACUGGGGACACACCGCCAACCCCAAGGACCUGUAACCCCGCUGGAGACACAACGCCAACCCCAAGGACCUGUAACCCCGCUGGAGACACACCGCCAACCCCAAGGACCUGUAACCCUGCUGGGAGACACACCGCCAGAGCAGGGCCAGCAAACUCCAGUCCUCCAGGUUUUCAUUCCAACUUGAGCGCUUGAGUUUCACUUCAUUCUUCUAACUUAUUUGUUCAAUCGGACAUCCUUAUGAGUGACUCUGCAGCAGCAGCAGUUGUGAUGCAUCGCUCAUCCCCUGGUCUCUGUAAGUCGCUUUGGACAAAAGCGUCUGCUACAUUACUCCUUUUUAAUAAGAAUUUUUUUUUCAAGGUCUUUUAAAUUGACAGUUUAAAAAAAAAUGCCCUUGAUUCAAAGUGUGCACGAGCUGUGAAACAUUGUGAGGCCGGGGAGAGAGAAGUGUUUAAUGUGUCCAAUUUGUCAAAUAAUUUAGAGCAAUUAAGUAAUUGAGAGCUCAGGGUGGAAGGAAAGUCAGAAGCUGCCCUGCGACCCCCCCAGGAGCUGAGACUGCCCCCCCCCCAACCCAACCCGCACAAGAGGCACCCGCAGACACACGACAAAGAGAGCAACGCAAAAAUAUUCAGCAGUCACUGAGCUGCAGAGGUCAGGUGCUUCUGUGUGUGUUUUUGUUGGGUUAUUUUUUUUACGUUCUUAAAGUCUAAACGGUUUUAGAAAAUACUUUGAGUAUCUGGUUGUCUUUUAUAAAUGUUUUUUUUAUUUAUUAUUUAUUUAAUUGAUUGUUUUCA